AUGACCUAAGCCUAAUUAUGAGAGAUUAGAACAUGAAUCACAACAUGGAUGAAAAUGGCGAUAAAAGUGAAAACAAUAAACCAGGAACUAAACUGCAUCAAACCAUCCCUUUAACUUCUGAACCACAAUUUGAUUUUUGGCACGUCAAUGGUUACAAAAAGACGGUGAAACGAGUAGACGAUGGAAGUAAACUAUGCGAUGAUCUGACGAAGAUGAUAACUGAACGAGCGGAUAUCGAGAGUAACUACGCGAACAAAUUGCAAGGAUGGUCAAAAAAGUGGACUGAUCUUAUAUCAAAGGGGGCAGAAUAUGGCUCUUGCAAUUCAUCAUGGCUAGAGGUUGCAAAAGAAGCAGAACGAUUGUCUACGAUUUACAGUGAACUACAAGCAAUGCUUCUAACUCAAGUGUGUCAAAGUAUAUCUACAUGGAAAGGACAACAUUAUCACAAGUCACUAUUGAGCUGGAAAGAAACCAAGAAUGCUGAAGAAGGCUUUAGCAAAGCACACAAGCCAUAUGCCAAAAGAUAUGACACAGUUCUAAAGUGCAAGAAGUCGUAUUUUGCAGCAUGUGUGGCUCGUGAUCAAGUACAGAAACAGCUUGAUAACUGUACUACCUCAAGCCCACAAACUGAUGAACAGAAGAAAAAGCUAAACGACAAACUUACUAAAGCUAAGAAUGAUGUUGUAACCACACAAAGUGAUUACAAAGAAGCAAUAAGAGACAUAACCAGCUACAACCCAAAGUACAAGGAGGAUAUGGUGUUCAUGUUUGAGAAAUUACAAGAAUCUGAAAAGGAAAGGAAAAUCUUUAUGAAAAGCACCAUGCAAAGUAUCUGCCAAGUGUUAAACCCAACACAUAUCUUUGAAAGGUAUUCACAGAUACAUGAUAGCCUUUCAAGGUUUAUAGAAAACUGUGAUCCAGCGACAGACAUUUCAUGGUGGGCAGCGACGUAUGGCACAGACUUGCCAUUUCAUUGUGUAGAAUACGAGGAAUAUAACCCAAAAUCUACAGAAGAACAAGCAGUUGCUGUACGAGAAGCCCAAAAGCCAGAGAAUGUGAAGAAAGCAUCUCCAACAGAUGGUGAUGGGUCAGGCCUGAAAACCGAGAAAAGCUCAGUUUGUACAACACUCUGACUGAACUAUAUUGCCAAGACUUGGUAAGACGCAACUUCCAUUAAGAGAAGAACCUUUCGCAGUUUCUUUAAUAUUAUCAGGAUGCGUGGGAGAACAUGCUAAUGGAGUAGAACGAAAACUCGAAAGUUUUCACUUAUUUUCAUACUUUCAAGACUCAUUACAGUGAGUUUCUAACUUAAGAAUCUUUUACUUAGAUUUUAAAUAGUCGCAUAUUAACUCUAUAUAUCUUUUUAUAUAAAUAUUUUGAUCUUGGUCCUGUAGUUUAUAUUGUAGUUUUUGUAGUUUUAGAUUUCGUAUCUCACAGAAAAAAAUCACACCGAGUAAUUUUUAUCACGCACGCCUUUUCUAGAUCAAAUCAGAAUUUAGAAUUUAGAAGGAGCAAAACCGGAUAACCCGGACUCACAUACGACGAGUCCGAGGAUCGAACCCGUGUUGAAGGCUCGCGGCUUGGUAAACAUUCCCCGAUAUUCACUUCGCCUUCGGCGAAUAAUUGUGAAAUAUAACGAUUUAUUGAUAUUAUAACAAUAAAUUAGUCACAUAAAUUAUAUACUAUACGUACAUGGAUGUACUAUGUAUUAUAUUUUUAUUGAUUAUGUAGCUUAGAUAGUACGCGCACUCUGAUUGAUCGAAAGCUGUGCUGUAUUACUGAAGAGGCACGGUUACUGAUGACAGCAUCCGCGCACGCGCUGCAAACUUUGCAAAGAAGUGUAAGCCCCCUCCUACACUAAUGCGUUUUUUGUUUGAAAAAGCAUACUUUCGAUGUAUUUUGUUGUUUUUCGUUCCUUUCGUCCAUACUAAAACGUUCAAAAACGCUCUCCAGAGUGGAGACAUCUGAAAACGGAUACCUAUCGUAUUAGUGUGGACUGCGAAAAUGGAAAGUUUUUUCUCUCUUUUUAUGUAAUAAAACAAGUAAAAAAUAAACUGCUGUUUUUAA